AUAUUAGAUACUUAACUGAGAAGUUGUAAUUGUUACAACACGAUGUGGUCUAAAAUAAUAAAAUUCGUAUUAUUCCUAUUAAUUUUAAUGAUAUUUUGGCCAACUUCUUAUGCAGACCGAGGAAGUGAAAAGCAAAAUAAGAUAGAUUUUUGGACAAAUACAAUUGAUGAAAUUUUAAUACAUUUUCGUUAUAAUAAAUUUACACAUGAAUUGGAAAUGUCCGAAGGUUCCAGUGAGGAAUCACCAGUAAUAGAGGACGAAAAAAAUACUUCUGUGAAACCUGAUAAUGAAAAACACGAAAAGUCCUUAACGUCUACUACCGAAAAAUCGCAUAAAUCUGACACUUCUGCAAAGACAACUGGUAAUGAUAAAAAGCCUGAUAAGUCAGUUUCAUCUAUUAGUGAAAAUUCCGAUGACUUAACAGCCGUUAAGGAUGACUUUAUUGAUAUCGAUUUGAAUAAGGGCCUUCAAAGUAUAGAUUUGUCGGCUAUGAAGUUUAAAUCACCUACACAAAAACAACCUUUUUCCGGAACAGAUGAACAUCAUUUAAGCAUAGACCCCUGUUCCAAUAAUUGUUCCAAUGUACCUCAUAUAGCCUGUGGUCAUAGUUGGACCCUCUCGCCUCAAUGUUCCCACAAUGCUAAACUAAUCAACUUGAACAAUUUGCAAUCACUUAUAAUACAACAACACAAUAUACUUCGCAACAAUUUGGCGGGUAAUUUGACCCAUUUCGAACCUGCUGCUCGUAUGGGCACUACACAAUGGCACCCCGAAUUGGCUACGUACGCACAAUUAAAUGCUAUGACCUGUAAUGAUGAACAUGAUUUUUGUCACAAUACCAAUGAAUUCAAAGUGACUGGGCAAAAUUUAGCCUCACACAAUUGGUCGGGACGUACAAAGGAUUUGGCGGGAAUUAUUAAACAAAUGAUAAACGUUUGGUAUUCGGAAUAUAUUUAUGCAGAACAAUCUGAUGUGGAUAGUUUUCAUAGAAUCUUCGGUUCAGAUAAUGAGUUUAUUGCUCACUUUACUACUGUAAUCAAUGAGCGUAAUACACAUAUUGGUUGCGGAGCUGUGGCAGAGAAGAAAGGACGUUUGAAUACAAUAUAUUUUGCUUGUAAUUAUGCUCGCAAUAAUAUAUACAAUUUACCCGUAUAUGAAAAGGGUCCAACGGCUAGUAAGUGUUUGACGGGUGUUAAUCCAGAAUAUAAGAAUUUAUGUUCUAUAAGUGAAGUGUAUAAAUAUAAUCUUUAGUGUUAAUGAUUUAAUUUUAAAUUUAAUUAAUAUGUAACUACUUUAAUAUCCAAUAAUAAAAGUUGCAAAACUCGUACCCUUCACCAAUAUAUUGGGGAGGAAAUUGUUUGUUUCAGCAUAAA